AUGUUAUGGAAAUUAUUUUAUACUGAAAACGAAUCAAGUAACUUAUUUGUUCUUAUUUUAGCACCCUUGGACGUGUCACAACCAUUGAGUGAUAUUCAUGUACUUCUUGGCCAACCUGGCACCUUGACUUUAACAUGCGAUGCAUUUCCUGUACCAAAAGUUACAUGGUACUUCAACGACACAGAAUUGAAAAAUACAACAAAGCAUAAAAUCGAAGCGAAACCUACUCUAUAUACACUGACCGUCAAUAAAUGCGACCAUCCAGAUGUUGGUACCUAUCGCGCACGCAUCGAUAACGGAAUUGAGAAUACCGAACAAACUGCUAAGCUGCAUGUUGGAGUUAAACCAAAAGUUGAAGCAACUAAACCAGCUAAUGAUCAGACAUGUACCAUUGGACAAGACACCCAAAUCUCAUGGAAAUUUAGUGGCAUUGAAAAGCCUGAAGUAACAUGGCUCUUCAAUGGGGAACCCUUGGAGACUAUCGAACGUUUUCAUAUUACUGAAACAGAAGAUGGAACUUCAACAUUAUCUAUUCAAAAAGCCGAACUCACCGAUAAGGGUGUUUACACUGCUAAGGCUACAAAUGCAGUCGGCGUAGCUGAAGCUAAAACAACAUUGAAUAUUGCUGGUAUUAAACCAGUGCUAACAACUGAUCUUGAUGCUACUUUACAAGCGACGAAAGGUGAAUCUAUGACAAUUAAAUUAUCGGCUACUGGCACACCAAGACCGGAUAUUGUUUGGAUUCGUGGCAAUGAUGAGCUCGUUCCAAGCGAUCGUAUUCAAGUGAGUGCACCAACAGAAGACGGAGAUGAUACAUACACCAUAACCAUCCUAAAUGUUCAACCGGAAGAUCAGGGAGAUUAUUCAGCAAAAGUAACCAAUGUCGGUGGAACACUUAAAACAAAGAAAUGCAAAGUCACUGUUACCAAAACACCUGAAUUUCUCGCGAAACCGACAACACAAGAAGUCCAACAGGGCGAAAAUGCAGUAUUCGAAACGAAAGUUGAUGGUUAUCCGAUACCGAAAGUAAUGUGGCUACUCAAUGGAAAACCAUUGACACCAAAAGAUGGUGCUCAAAUCGAAAUGAAUGCUCCUACGGGUGAUGCUAAAUUAACUAUACCUAAAGUUGAUUUACAGCAACAUGCAGGAUCAGUCACAUGUCGUCUUGAAAAUGUACAUGGCAGCCAAGAAGAAACUGUUCACCUGAAUGUUCUUGCUGCGCCACUGAUUGUAACACAACUUCGGAAACAAGAAGAAACGGUGAGUGGUAAGGAUGUGACAUUACGAGUUGUUGUUCGGGGAUCUCCACGGCCGGAUGCUGAAUGGUUCUUUAAUGAUAUAAUGAUGACAUCAGCAAAUAGUUCAUACGACGAAGAGAAGAGUGAAUAUCAACUUCUAUUGAAAGAACCAACUGUUGCAAGCAGUGAGGGAACGUAUCGUGUUGUCUUAAUUAGUGAACUUGGAGAAGCGGAUUCUACACCUUGUGUAUUAACUGUAUUGGAGCCCGUGAAGCUCACCAAGAUUGGUCCAACAUCAGAAGUCGUUGACUUGAAAGUUGGCGAGCCGUUCGAAUUCUUGGCUGAUAUAGAUGGGAAAGAAGCCCCGAAAGUACAGUUGACAAAAGAUGGUAAAGAAGUGAAAUUCACAAGUGUGGAAGAUAUGCGUCACAUAUACUCGAUUCAUGAAGUGAGACCAGAACAUCAAGGUGUAUACAAAUUGACUGCGAAGAACAAGACUUCUUCAGAAGAGACAAGCGUAACACUGAAUGUUACUGGUAAGUUGCUGCUUUUUU